CUUCUCCCCUUCCCAUCUCCCCCUUUCUCUUUCUUGCAUCCCAAGCAAACCAUUUUUCAAACUAAUUUAAUAAUUCCAAAAAUUCCAAGGAAAAAAAAAAAUUAGAGGCAUCGGAGCCGUACCUUGGCUAAGAUUGCAGCACGAUCGGACGGUUGAGAGUGGAUGAGACGAUGAGCUGCAACGGGUGCCGGGUCUUGCGCAAGGGUUGCAGCGAGGCUUGCCUUCUUCGCCCUUGCCUUCAAUGGAUCGAUGGCGCUGAAGCUCAAGGCCACGCCACCGUCUUCGUCGCCAAGUUCUUCGGCCGCGCUGGUCUCAUGUCCUUCAUCUCCGCCGUCCCUGCCCCCCAACGCCCUGCGUUGUUCCAGUCGUUGCUCUACGAGGCGUGCGGGAGGACGGUGAACCCGGUGAGCGGCGCAGUAGGGUUACUAUGGAGUGGGAAUUGGCAUCUCUGCCAGGCCGCUGUUGAAACCGUGCUGCGCGGUGGGGUACCACGCCCGAUCCUCGAUCUCGAUCCCCCUGCGACCCCUGGUAGCGACACCGAUCAGCUGUACGCAAACCCAGAGCUUGUCAUCUCCGAAAGCGGAGACGAACGGAAGGGUUAGGGUGGGUUACCAGAAGGGAGAUCGCGUGCGGCGUGCGAUCUGGACCUUUGCCUGACGACAACGAUGGUGUCGGAGAGGAAGAGGCCGGCGACACCGUCGAUGAACUCUGAGGGAUCCGUGACGACGAGCUCCGAGAGCGGCGAACGUGGCCGCCCUAGUCUUCUGAAUCUCUUCGUCUGAGCUCUUGGUUUCGUUUUUCUCCCGGCGAAUUCUUAUGGUGUCGCACGCGGAGGCGGUUAAGUGCGUCUUGGGUGUAAAUUCGGGUCACUUUUUGCGGUGACAAUUUUCCAUCCGUAUUAUAAUUGGAUUUUAUUAAGUUUUUUUUUUUUCUUUUUUUCUUUUUAAUUAAAAUGAAAUUACCGGCUUGGGUUCC